ACUGGUUCCCGAUUUUGUAGUCCUUUAUUUAUAGCACUUAACCAUUCAGCCGAGAGCCAGUCGUCUAAAAUAACAGUAUAAAACCGAAAAUCACGUGCAGUCUGUCUCACUUACGCUGUUUCUUUUGACAAGUCACACCGAUAAAUUCUUAGUUCUGAGUAACAUAAGACUAGUAAUUUAACUGGUAGUAAGAUGCCACGUGGAAGAGUGCGGCAACGAGGAGGCAGGGCUCGAGGUAGAGCGCAUGGCAGGGGUAUGCCAAGACCCCAAGACAACGACGCCAACCCGGUACCAGUGGCAAAUCAGCCGGAGAACCGCCCGAAUACACGCGGACAGAAGAGGAGGGCCGAUGACCUUGGUCAGGAGGACAGAAGCCCACAACGUGGUCCGGCGGCACAGGCGUUAGGGGACGAAGAGUUUGAUGAAGGGGACAACCAGCUCCUGCAAGGAGAAAAAGAUGUAUGGGUUUUAGGGGAUUCAAUCCCUUACUGGGCCGGCAUCCGAGCGACGGACACAGGAAAGGUCAACCUUCGCUUGCCUGACUUAACAAUUGCUUGGUGGGGAGUGAGGGGACUCGGCUGGACCUCUUUCCGCAACUCCAUAGAGACCCAGGUGCUGCUAUCGCCUCCACCCAAGAUUAUCAUCAUACAUUUAGGUGGUAACGAUCUUGCCUCAUUAUCUUUGAUCAAAAUGAGAAGAAGUAUAAAAGGGGAAAUCGAAUACCUCCGUGAGGCUUUUCCCGACACCGUUCUGAUAUGGGUUGACAUUUUACCCAGGCGUGUUUGGAGGGGGUCACGAACAUAAAGUCAUUGGAGAC